AGUGCCUAUAACAUGCACACACCCACAUCGAAGUAAAGGGUUAAACAGUUUCAGAAAAAUUUUCAUUUACACUAAAAUAUUUCGGCAAAUUUUGAAUAUUACCAGAUUUUAAACAUUUAACACUGCUUUAUCGCGGGGAUUUGCUUUAGUAAACCCAUCUCAGGAUAGGUGAACAUGUCGUCAGCAAAGCCAUCCAAGGAUCUCGACCCUCAGGUGAGUUCGCUCGACUAUCAGGAAUUGCAGGAUCUGGAGAAGUUGUGCCCCAUCGAUAUGGCUAGGCCCAACCAGCCGAGGAGUUCUUCUUGGCGCGUCGUGGACCAGCAGUUGGAGGAGGGAAUGGGCGAACUGCAACGCAUGUUCGAUCGUCUGGUACCUUCGACUUCUCCGGGAAGAGAACUGCCCGCCAAUAGUCGUCGCAAUCUCAACAGUUCAAAUUCGAUAUUUUACGGCUCGAAUGAGGCCCCACUGCCGGCGGUCAAAAAAUCAAGGGGACAAAUUAAGAAGACCCACACCCGUAAUCCCAUUUUAAAUCCCGAUGAAAGUGAUGAGGAAAUAGAGGAAAAAGCACAGCAGGUGGUACAGGUUUUAGAUAAACAGGAUGUGGAUCUGUCUGAGCAGCAGCCAAUGGACGUGGAAGCCCGUCUGUUGGCCAUCAGAUUCUUCAAUCUCAUGCUGGCGAAGCUCUGGCGCCGUCGCAGGGCCGAAGUCUGCGACCUUCACACCCUAGUUCGCAAGUACCAGGCUCAUGCCGCUCGCACCCAAACCGAACUUUUCACCCGGAACCAAAUGAUCUGUUUGGAGCAGCGUCGUGGGGAACAGCUGAGGAACCAGCUGAUGACGGCAAUCAGUCGCGCCCGCGUUUCCAUGGAAAAUUGCACCGAACUGGACAACGAAUUGAAGGAGUCGAGGACCCGGGAAGCCACUCUGCACAAGGAACUGACCACCAAGUCACUGGAGUGCGAGUAUUUCUCGGAAAUGCUGAGCACCUGCCGCUCUGAAAUGUUCCGCGAGUUGGCCAAAUAUCGCGAAGGUGCCACCGAGUUGGCCAAAGAGCAGAGACGAGCUCUCGAAUUGGAGCGCGAGAAUGCCCAACUGGAGGACGAACUGCUCACGAUUAAGGAUAAGUUUUUACUGCAGAACGACCAGAUGUCGGUGGCCCUGGGCGAGAAACAGCAGCAGCUGGACAACGCCUACGAGACCCUGAAGCAAUGCGAACAGGAACUGGCCAAGCUGGAGAUGAAAUACAACGAGGCGCUGGCUCAGAACGAGAUCGAUGUGGAGUUGCAGGAGGAGAUCUCGAACCUGAAGAGGAGCAUGGGCGUGGCCCGCUGUCUGAUCUUCUACCUCACGGCCCGCGAGUGGGGAACUUUCCAGGGUUGCCUAUACCACUUGGUGGCCGGAACCCUAGACUGUCUGGCGCCCUCGUUUUCCACACCGCCGAUGGCCGACAAUAUGCUUCGCAUGGCGCUGGCUGCCGUCUUCCUGCUUUUCGCCAUGUAUUAAAUUGACCCGAUGAUACGAAACGGACUCCGAGUGGACACUUUCGGGGCUUUCAAGGAUGACUAAGUGUCUGCCAGUUAUCGGAGUCCAAUAGUUGAGCAAUGAGGGCUGCGGGGAUCUCGUGAGAAAAUUUCUGGACACGCGAACACAAAUUUGUUGCACACGCAUAUUAGAUAGCUUUUCGUUUUUUUUUUUGUCGCAGUAUAUCACUAUCGAAAAAAGAAAAAAAUUAAAAUAAAAUUUUCCCCUACCCUCAGA